AAGCAGCGACGGCGGCGUCGGCCGGGGGGAAGGUGGCACUCGGGCCAGGACCGAGCUCCCUCCGGCGGACCCGCCAUGUGAGGAGACCCCGACACCCCCUCAGGUUACACUUAACACCAGAAGACAUGGACAGCAGCAGUUUCAUCCAGUUUGACGUUCCUGAGUACAGCAGCACUGUACUGAGCCAGCUGAAUGAACUUCGCCUGCAGGGGAAGCUUUGCGAUAUUAUUGUGCACAUUCAGGGUCAGCCGUUCAGAGCUCACAAAGCUGUUCUAGCUGCCAGUUCUCCCUAUUUCCGUGACCAUUCGGCGUUAAGUACUAUGAGUGGCCUGUCAAUAUCAGUCAUCAAAAACCCCGAAGUCUUCGAACAGUUGCUUUCUUUUUGUUACACUGGAAGGAUGUCCUUGCAACUGAAGGAUGUUGUCAGUUUUUUAACCGCAGCUAGUUUUCUACAGAUGCAGUGCGUCAUUGAUAAGUGCACGCAGAUACUCGAAAGUAUCCAUUCGAAGAUCAGCGUUGGGGAAGUUGACUCCGUCACCGUCGGUGCUGAAGAAGCUCCGGAAAACCACAACGGAGUUAAAGAUGGCAGUUACUUCGCCAAUCCGGUUGAAAUCUCUCCUCCCUAUUGCUCUCAGGUGCGGCAGUCCGCUUCAGGCAGUGAUCUGAGAAUGGACACGACUCCAACCAAGGCGCUGCGCAACCGCCUGCAAGAAGAAGGACACUCCGACCGCGGAAGCAGCGGGAGCGUUUCGGAAUACGAGGUGCAGAUUGAAGGCGACCAUGAUCAAGGCGACUUGGUCGUUAGAGAGAGCCAGGCUGCUGAGGUGAAAGUGAAAAUGGAGAAAUCCGACCGGCCAAGUUGCUCAGACAGCUCUUCGCUUGGUGAUGACGGGUACCACACGGAAAUGGUGGAUGGAGAGCAAGUGGUCGCCGUUAACGUUGGGUCCUAUAGCUCCGUAUUGCAGAAUGCUUACUCGUAUUCUCAUGGUGCAGCCCAGUCCGCUAGUGUAUCUGAAACUUUUGGAAGCCUGAGGAACUCCAGCUCCUCAAGAUCCAUGCUGGGCUCUUUCAGAGGGCGAGGGCGACAGAAACGGGUCUCCGCUAGCCACUUGCACAGCGACGUUCCGGCCCUGAUGCAAGGAGCCGACGGUGAAUCCGCAGCAAAUCAUCCGGGAUAUGAAAGCAGCCCGCGGGAAAGGAAUUCGAGAAGUCACUGGUACGCGUACAGUGAAAGGUUGAUCUGUAUAUACUGCGGGAAGUCUUUCAACCAGAAAGGGAGUCUUGAUCGGCACAUGAGAUUACACAUGGGAAUUACGCCCUUUGUGUGCAAGUAUUGCGGGAAGAAGUACACGCGCAAGGACCAACUCGAAUACCACAUCCGAGGCCACACAGAUGACAAACCUUUCCGCUGCGAGGUCUGCGGGAAAUGUUUUCCUUUCCAAGGUACUCUAAACCAGCACCUGCGAAAGAAUCAUCCUGGCGUAGCAGAAGUUAGGAGCAGAGUUGAAUCUCCGGAAAGAACAGACGCCUAUAUGGAGCAGAGAGACGAUGACGCUUCAGCCCCUGAAACGCUGGAUUAUAGCAUGGAUGUGCACACGUCUGAUUAAAAAUGUCCCUCGGUGCAACCCAAGCAAAGCACUACUUCUGGUUUCUUUGAUAAGUUUCACAACAGUUAUAGCAGCGUUGUGAUUUCCUUGAUCUUUUGCAAGUCUUGUGGACGUUGUUCCUGGAUAGAAGGCUACUGUUUUGUUUUGAAGGAGGUAGGGUUAGCUUUACUCCUCAAAUGUUGAUAAAGGGCAGAUUAUAGAAAACGAUGCACUUCGCGGUGGGUCGGGUGGGCUUUCAGCGGUGAAAGAUAUUAAAAUAAGGCGGAUAUUGCAGGCUGAUACACGUGGAUAGUGUAUUCCCUCAUGCCAUGCUUUGUGCAGCCCAAUCUUUUGCAUGUAUACUCGGAUGUAAGCCCUACUGAGUUCAAUAGGACUUACUCCCAGGUAGUUUGCUAGGAUUGCAGCUUUAACCAAACAAAAGUUAUGUAGGAGCAUAGAUAUGCUUCCCAGAGGUCCUAUCCAUGUGUCAUACUAAGUUGUGGGUUCGGGUGGGGUUUUAUUUGUUUUUGGAAUAACUAUUUUGAUAGCUUUGAAUUUUAUAUAAUAUAUAUUAUAUAUAAACAUAUAUAAAAAUGUUCACUUUUUUCUCUUCUGGUUGGGGGUGAAUGUAGAAAUAUCUUAAGUGGAAAGAAAAAAACCUCGCUCUACAAAGCUUUCAACGCUUAAUCCUCUAUUUUGAGUUUUUUUGGGAUUUUUUUCCCCAUGAAACUUUGCUCUCUUUUUUUUUCCAUGAUCCAAUAAUGUAUCCAAAAGCGAGCGACGCUUAUUUUGAAAUAGCUUUGCUCUAUAACAUACAUAAACCAAAUGCCAUAAACGUAUUAACUUAUGAUGGGAUUGUUUUGGGGUUUUUUUUGUCUAGAAUAUAAACUGGACAACCUGUGGUGCUGACCCUUUUUUAUAUAGAAAUGUAUUGUUAUAUUAGCCAACUCAAAAGUAGCAUUGUGGUUUUAAAUGUUUUUACUGUCCUCAGAAUCUACCUUCAUUUCGUACUGUAGACGCAUACCAGGUAAAUCAAUCUUACCUUAAUCACUCUGAAUAUAUAUGGUUGGUUUAAUAGUAGGCUAAAAAGGAUGUUGUAGUUGAACCUACAAUAUUUCAGAACAGUAUUCUAGUAGAUCUCUUCUGGAGAGAGGUUUUCAGGUGCACCGUAACUUCCUAUUUACCAUUUUCAAGUAAAGCUGAAGCACUUGUAUUUUUACUUUUUUAAAAUGAUGUUAUAUCAGAAUUAUGAGCAAUAUGUCCUGUAUUAGAGAGGCAUUUUUGGCUUCUCCAUAAUUUCAAUGGCUACUCAGUAUUUUUUCACAAAGAGCCAAUAACAAACAUCUUUGCGCAUUUUAUUUUUUAGAACCCUGUUUCCUCUCCUCCAAACAUGGUAUCUUUCUGACGUGGUGCUAACUUUUUUUUCUCUUAGGUCAAUAUAGUUUAGAAAAUGUGAAACCUAACAAUGGUGAAAUCACAUGCAUUUUCUGGUUAGGCUUUAUUUGCCUGAAACAGACCUCAAAAGUGUGAGCUGGCAAACAUUACUGUAUAAAAAUUCUACCGAGUAAUCAGAAUCUGGAUUGUGUUAAACAAAUCAGAAUAUGGAUUUUGUUUUAAGCAUAUACUUAGCUGUAUUUAGGCUUGGCAGAAUGAGAUGCUUUGGGGGAAAUGUCUUAACUGGGGUAGAAAACUUUCAGUUGCAUAAGUGAGAGGGAUUCCUCUCACUUUGCUGUGUUUGCUUUUUGGCCUGUGCCAGCAGUACCACUCCAUUUCUAGGCUCUCCUGGCUGGGUGAGUAGAGCAAUGCAGUAAUUUGGCAUUAAAACAAUGCUUUUAAUUGCAAGCAUGGGCAUCACAAAAAGAUUAGAACCGUCAUGAUUGCUGGUGCAUUUGGAGUUCUUUGGACCUCAGAUUUCUCUCUUCUUCACUUGCACAUAGGAGCAUGCUAUUCGCACUUAAGCAAAUUGGAUGUGUUUUUCCCUGUAGAAACAAAAUUAGAUGAAACAGUGAAAGCUGCAUAGGAAUAUAUAUUUACACCUCUGCCAAAUCAGGAUGUUGAGAAUGCAUGAAUGUUUUGCUGACUUCAAGGAUAUUUAUUUGUAUAUUAUAAUAUGUUGACAUUUGAAUCUGAGCCUCUACUUUAGUUCUGGUUAUAGUUCCCUAAACUUCUCACGACUGUGAAUUUUAUAAUCAUCAGAUAAAUAUAUGGCUUUUCUUUAUGGGAAUUCAUAAUCCUCCAUCAAAAUUCUCAUUCUGCCGAGGCUACAUAUUUUUCAUGUAUAUUCUGGGGUUUUAAACACUGAAAAUACAGCUGUGGUUAUGCUGCGGAUGAAAUCUUGUGAAAACCCGCACAAAGUGUUCUGUAAAGUCCGCUGAAGUGCAGGCAAUUUAUACAACUGGCAGUCCCUCUCAUCUGCUUUCCUUUUCAAAUUAUUGGUAAAGAAUUAAGCUUGCUGGCUUGCAGUGGUUUUGAGAGCUUACAGCUUUGUUUGAGAUUUUAAUGAUUCUAGGCCUCCUGGAGAAUAGACUUUUGCAGUAUUUUUAGACCGAACUUUUCAUUACUGUUAUGAAAGCCAGUAAUAAGGAUUAAUGUUAGUACAACUUGCGGUAAAUCAAGGCUGCUCCAUAGAUGGGGUUUUAGUUAAACUGGGCAUGUAAUCAGCCUUUUCCUUUCAAAGCUGCCUAAGAGAUUCCUUCCUCCAACUCUCCAAAGCAACACUGACAUUUUUUUGUGUUUCUACUGCUAGAAACUAGGGGCUGGGAUCAAAAUGGCCACACAUAAUGUGCCACCAGUUCACUGGGGCUUUUCCUGCUCUUCCUUCGCACUGCAGCCCCACACGUCCCCCCCAAAAUUCACUUCUGAGGGCCAGGAGUCUCUCCAGAGUGACGUGCAAUGUAGCGUGUGGGGGUGCAGCUGGCCAGGUAAGAAGGAAUUGGUGACAACCCAUGCCACACGCACGGGGAAGUUCACAGGCCUCCUUGAAUCCCAGCCUGUAUAUGCUCAUCAAGGGGAGGUUGCAUCUCGUAUCUUUUAUGCUCUUAAUACAGGUUGAGAUACAUGUCUGUUUUAUGAAACCUUUUUCUAGAGUAAUGAAAUAGUUUCGAUUACAUUUCAGAGACCCUCUAACAAAAGUCCAGACUUGCAGAGUUAAAUUAGACCCUUUAUGGCGAACCCGUGCUGUGGUGCCUUUUAAGCCAGUUGGCUUACCCCAUAGUAGUAUGAAUUAAGAAAAGAAGAGAAGGGGCAAUUAACUUUGUGUUCCCAGACUUUGCCCCUGUGUCAGUCUUAAAAGUUACUUUAAAUAUAGUUCUUUUUAAAUCUGUAAACUUCUUUGAGCUGGUUUGAGUUUACCAAAGAGUGACUUAUCCAAAAUUAUACAUCAUUUUGAUUGUACAGGUUUCAGGUUCAAAACAUUGUGGUGGGACUGUUAACAGCCUAGAAGUUAUCGAUCUGACAACACCCUCAUUCAAGAGAUUUUUUUUUUUAAUUCCAUGUAUGCUUGCUUGUGUCAAUAUAUUAUUUAUCCCUUCCCACUGCCUACUGGGGUUAAGAAUUAUCAAGCCAUAAUAUAGUCGUGUAAAGAACAGAAAGCUUCAUAGGACAUACAGCUGUAGGAGGUGUAAUCUGGAGAAAGUUGACGUGCUUAUCUUCCAUUGGUUUCCAUGAGAUUUAAGCAUGCCUAAAGGCCCGUUCACACAAGACAGAAGCCACCUCAAGCACCUUUUGGUAGGAAGGCCAAGAUACAAGCUAACUAACAAAUUGUAUCGCCACCCAUCCUUGGAUGAACAUUGUUGUGGACAACACAACAGAGGAGACCAGUCAAUCAUAAAGAGGGUGCAGAAUUGGUGGUCCCAUGCCACAUUCGUCUCCCCACACCCACCCCAGCCAUGUAGUAUCUACCCCGAGUUGUUGCAUCAUUACAUUGAGCAUCACACACACAUACAUCAUUGGCUGUUGUGGAAAUACAGAGUCAUUGAACAGUGCAUUACCAACUAUCUAAAAGUAUUUCUAGGCCACCUUUCAGGGUGGAACCCUUCUCAACGUGGCAUACAAAAUAAAAACCACACAAAGUGGAUACAGUAAAAUCCAUAAAGACCUAUUCAACGUUGUCAAUUAAAGAAAGGAAAGGAAAGGAACCUCUCCUGCAAGCACUGAGUCAUUACUGACUCUUGGAGGGACGCCAGCUUUCGCUGACGUUUUCUUGGCAGGCCUUAUAGCGGGGUGGUUUGCCAUUGCCUUCCCCGGCCAUUAUUACUUUUCCCCCAGCUAACUGGGUUGCCGAUGAAAACCAACAGCCCAGGCUUAACGGGAAGACAGAGCUUUCCCGAAGAGCUGCAAAGAAAGGGCCUAAUAAACGUUGGAUGGAAGUUGGUUGCAGAGGUACGCAUUAGAGGUGGGAGAGUCAGAGGUACACAUUAGAAGUGGGAGAGUCAUGUUUUAGGUGGCAGCUCUGUCUCCAUUAAAAUUCCACUCAGUCAGCAGCUCCCCCAUCAUGGUUGCAGCAACUGCUGCUGGCCUUACCUGUGACUGCCCACUUCACCGUUGCCCACAUGAAUACACAAAUCCCCGGGGACGGCUGUGUGGCAAAAUGUCUUGUGUGAAGCAGCCCUUCCUGUUUUUCCCCCUUGGAUUUUGCCCUUCAACUCAUGAGAAACUGGCAGACGAUAAACUUCAAAAUCUGGCAGCAGCAUCUAAAUUGUGCCUUGUCGCAUCAUGGUUCCGUGGUAGUGGGGUACCACUUUAUCCAUUUGAAGUUCAUAUCUUACGUCCACCAAGGCGCAGAGCAUGGAGUGAACUAUUUUGGGUGAAUUUUGAAAAUACUGCGCAGUACUGAUUGCUGCGUAGUUUUAGGUUUAGUGCAGAACUGUUCAUGCAUUUCAUUUACAAUAAAUGCAGAAGUUAAGGAAAUCCAUGCGAUGUAUGAAACAUUGGGUUAAAAUACGUGAAAUUAUACAGGCUGGUUCAUAAUUGAGUCUCUUAAUCUACCUUUAUUUAGCUACAUAGACAAUGUGAAAAAAAACAGCGACGGUGUCCUUUUUUUCUUUAGAUGUUUUAACCUAUUUACAAACUGUGAAAACAAAAUUUUAUACUUUUUUGCUAAUGUUUGUGGUUUUAAGCCGCUGUUACUUUUUUCCUAACUGAUUUAUCUUCCAUAUAAUUUCUAUCGAAGUUGUAAAUAAACUCAGAAAAAAAAAAAGCUUUGUAAAUAAGUGAGGGACGUUUAAAGCAACAGAGCACCUCACAGUUGGUUCUGUAUUUGAGUGUGAAUGGAUUUAGUAGCAGGAAAGGAUACUGUCUAUUUACUGUUUGGCAGAAUUUACUGUAAGCUGAAAUCAGGGAUGCUCACCUUAAAGGAGGACUUGUGUAAUUGAGUAGCUUCCACCGUAGCCCUUUAUAUGUAUGCUUUGAGGUGUGAGAAAUUACUAGAUUUGUUGCGUCUUGCUCUUUUAGGGCUGUUGCAGACAUAACGGAUCUGAUAUUGCAACCACUUUUCCCCCGCCCUUAAACCGUGGUUAACAGACAUAUUGGGACAGAUGCUAACUGCAAUUAACUGUUAUUAACUGUCCUCCACUUAACUGUUAUUCUUAAUCCAUUGCAAAACCUGGUUAAGAAUCAUAGUUAAGCAAUUAACUUGGUUAGGUUUGCCCAUGGUUAAAGUAGAAGGUGAGAAUUUGCCUUGGGGCAGUUUCUUUAACCAUGUUUGAGAUCUGGUAUUUUUACAUCACCCUGGAAAGACAGAAGACGCAUGAGAGGAACCAAUGAGCUGCAUGAAGGGCUGAGAUGAAGGUUAACACAUAAGCCAUCUCUGAGUUUGAGCACUCCUGGCCUAAAUUGAAUAUUUAGAAGUCUCUUGAGGUUCCCAGACUAAAUACAUACUGUUUAUUUCUAGAUAGAAUUAAGUUGUUCUUUGAAGUAACAUACAGGAAAGACUAGCAGGAAUUUUCAAAACAAGGGCUGGGAAAAGAUGGCGCAGCUGAGCUUUACCUUGACACAAAUGUAUUAUUUGAAAUGAUGUUUGUUUAGUUUACUUACUGUGACUUCUUCUUCUUUUUGUCAUCAUCUGAAAGGGUUUCACAUUGAAGCCACUGAAAAGGGACUCAAAUAUGCAACACCUAAUCUAUUUUCUAAGGGAAUUUUACCCUUGAAUGGUGCUUUUAGACUGGUCAGGGUUAUUUAUUAAAUUUUUAUAUAUUUUAAAGUAUUUGGGAAUUGUGUAAAUCCUUUAUAUAAAUAUAUAUAUAUGAAUCUAUUUAGUUCAUGAAUUGUAAGCAACAGUAAUACUCAACAACUGAACCCAAAGUUCAGUGAAGUCAUUCAGAAUGUUCAGAGUUUGACAGUCAUGAAUCUCUUUCAACAAAUAACCUUACAGGAAUUUAACUGUACACCCUGUUAAUUCAGUUAUGCAAGUUGACGUAACAGUGCUAAAUGGGAGUCAGGCCUGAGAGCGUUCUCUUUUGUCUGCACUUAGAGAUGUGGAGCAAACUAUCAGCAACAGGGAUUUGGUUACAACCAGUUUUUGGAAACACGGGACGUGGCUGGCUCUCUUGCCGUUGGUCUGCCUCAGUGGUAGUCACAAUUGUCCCAGAAGGAAUCUUGGGUUUCUUGGAAGUUUGCAUGGAGUUGAUCAGUGAGAACAUGCUCCCCCAUCCCAAUAUUGCAAUCUAAUCUGUAGCCAACAAGGCAAAUUAUUGACUGCAUGCUAGGCUAUAUUCUCAUCUCACACAGGGCGGCGGAAAGGCUACAGACUUAGGCCAUAGCUAGACCUAAGAUUUAUCCCUUGAUCGUCCAGGGGUCAAACCUGUUCAUCUAGGUGACACACAGAAGAUCCAGUGCUCAGGCGGGGGCGAACCCUGGAUGAUCUCAGGAUAAACCUUAGGUCUAGCUGUGGCCUUAGCCAGCACCCUGGUUGAACUUGAGAGUACAUCCUAAAACAGGGAUGGGCAGUUUUCAGAUUUCUGGGAUCAUUAUUAUUAUUAUUAAGAAGCCCAAGGUGCACCAUCCAAAGGUAGGUGCAAAAUAGUGGGUCGUUAUGGUGGACGUAUACUUUAAAAAGACCAGGAUACCUCUGAACUUAUGCUAACCCAAAGGGUUUGUUUUCAGUACCAGAACUGAACUCCAGUCCUUUCAGAUCAAUUCUUCCCACCACCUUGCUUCGUUUCAAUCCUUUUGUGUGGGGGGGGGGGGGAGGUACAUUUUUUUGUUGCUAUUGUCAAAUAAUUGGUGCCGUAUUUCUUCGAUUGUAAGACGCCAUCGAUUGUAAGACGCACACUAAUUUCAGUACCACCAACAGGGGGGGAAAAACCUAAGACAUACCCGCGAUUCUAAGACGCACCCCGCUUUUAGAGAUGUUUAUAUGGGAGGGAAAGUGCGUCUUAGAAUUGAAGAAAUACGGUAGUUGGAAACACUUGCUAAACUACUGCAAACCACCCAGAAUAUCUACCAAUAGAUCCUGACCUGCCUUCCCGUAUUCUAGAACAUGCCUCUGAAUUCAGCAGUUCGCCAUCAGAAAAGUCCAAUAUAGAAAAUGAUCUUUGAAGGUAGAACGAUUGAAACCAUACCGGGAAAUUAACAUUUGGACUUUGCUGAAGGCUUGUUUACACAUCUUUCGAUUAGAUGAGAAAGCCAUGACUGAUUUGCAUUGAUGUAGCUUGAUUUGACUUACCAAGAAAAAAAUGUAUUUUUAAGUAAACUAUUGUUUAUGGAUAGCUUUUGUUUUGUUUUUUUCAUAAAUAUUUGAACACUUUGAAUGACUUACCUCAGUGUCAAUAUCUUGCAAUAUUAAACCGGUAACCUCACAAACUCCACACUUCAUCACCAUAUGAAGUAAAUGAAGCUAGCUAAAGCGGAUGCUGUUAAAGCAACUAACUUGCCAUUAAGGAUUAUUUUAUAGCAUGAAAUAUUUUAGAAUAUUUAUUCAAAUGAUAUUUUACUCUUGUACUCAGAUUUUUUUUUUAGAUUAUGUGACAUGAAUAUUUCAGUGCUGCUUUAUUAUGUUCUGAUGGAUUUCUCGUUCCUUGCUUGUAAAUUGCCUUUUUUAUGGUAUAAAUAAAGUCAAUGGGAAUUGCUGUUUAUAAAUUAAAAUGCUUCUGAAGCACA